UUACCCGUCUCCUCAGUGAGAUCUCGCGAGAUCUGCUUUCCUCCUCCCACCACUUCCCCCGAGAUCUCGCGACAUUCUUUUGACUCUUCCUUUUUGCCCGGCGGCCGUCGAGAUGCCUUCCAGGCUAAGGAAGACCAGGAAGCUGAGAGGACACGUUAGCCACGGCCAUGGCCGUAUUGGUAAACACAGAAAGCAUCCUGGCGGCCGUGGAAAUGCUGGGGGUUUGCACCACCACAGAAUUAACUUUGACAAAUAUCAUCCUGGUUAUUUUGGGAAGGUUGGUAUGAGACACUACCAUUUGAAGAAGAACCAGAACUUCUGUCCUACUGUCAACUUGGAUAAAUUGUGGACACUUGUUAGUGAGCAGACAAGACUCAACUAUGCAAAAAACCAGGCUGGAUUAGCGCCUGUCAUUGAUAUUGUACGCUCGGGUUAUUACAAAGUCCUGGGCAAGGGGAAGCUGCCCAAACAGCCUGUAAUUGUGAAAGCAAAAUUCUUCAGCAGGAAAGCAGAGGAGAAAAUCAAAGAAGUUGGUGGAGCAUGCGUGCUUGUGGCAUAAGUUGUUUUUUUUUUUUUUAUUAUUAUUAUUUAUUCAGGUUUGAAUAAAGACACUAUAAAAUGA